UGGUCUAAACUUUAUUACACAAAUUACAGGCUCCUCCUCAUCUCCCUGCACCCGAUCAGCAUUCCUACCCCGGAGCAAAGCCUUUCAUCUGAUACUGUGAGUGUAUACACACCACCCUCUAAACCCACGUAAUGGCUCUCUCUGUGUGAGUACAGAUGGGGGGACUCAAGAUGUGCUCUGAAACAGGCAGCUGACGAAUCAGCUAAGCCCCUUCUUCUACCUUUUUUUCUUUUUCUUUUUUCCCUGGAGUUUAAGAUUUUUAUCUGCCCAGGUGUGUGUAGUCUGUGCUGGUAGGUACGAGUGGUGAGACCUUGCAGUUUUGAGUUCUGUAAUUGCAAAAAGAGAAAAGGAGCCUGCUUUAAAGCCAGCUACAGGAACUCAAGAAAGUGCAAUUAGAGACCACAGAUGGGAGGAUUUUCAAGUGAGCUGUUCCAAAUGGGAAAACUGCACACUCUACUGGCCUUUACCCUGCAAAUACUUUACUCUUGCCAUGGAAUGUCCACUUCGUCCAAUGGCUUCUUCUACCAUGACAUCUUGAAUGGAAACGGGAAUGGAGAAAUUCAUUUCAAUGGCAUAAAACUACGAGUUGAGGCUCAGCCGCACUCUGUGUUUGCUGUGAGGAGCAGUAAUGUCACUCUGCCCUGCCAAUUCCAGUACGAGCCCUCAUUAAUCAACCCACGGAGGGUGAGGGUAAAAUGGUCCUUUCUACCACUCUCUGGGGACCAAGAGUCCAAUGUGCUUGUGUCUAUUGGUCACCGUCAACGAAGCUUCGGAGCAUUUAAAGACCGAGUGCAUCUUCAGAAGGAUGUCCAAGGAGACAUUUCACUCAUUAUCACCAACGUGAGGCUGAAGGACAGUGGACAGUAUCGCUGUGAGGUUAUUGAUGGGUUGGAAGACGAGAGUGCAACAGUGGAUUUGAGACUGAGAGGUGUGGUGUUUCCCUACCAGCCUCAUCAUGGCCGCUACCACCUAACCUUCCAGGAAGCCCAAAAAGCCUGUAAUGCCCAAGAUGCUGUUGUUGCCACAUUCGAUCAGCUCUUUGCUGCCUGGCAGGAAGGGUUGGACUGGUGUAAUGCUGGCUGGCUGGCAGAUGGCACAGUGCAGUACCCCAUUGUCCAGCCCCGACUACCUUGUGGAGGCCUUGAUCUGGCUCCUGGAAUACGCAGCUAUGGAGCCAGGCACAAACAUAGACACCACUAUGAUGUCUUCUGUUUUACCUCCACUGUUACAGGACAAGUGUACUUCUUGCAGCAUCGUCAGAAGCUCAACCUUACCAUGGCAGUCCAGGCCUGUACUGAAGACGGUGCUCAGAUUGCCAAAGUUGGUCAGUUGUUUGCAGCAUGGAAGUUUUUGGGGCUGGAUCAAUGUGAUGCAGGAUGGCUGGCGGAUGGAAGUCUGCGCUAUCCAAUCAGCAACCCUCGCCCAAACUGUGGCCCUCACAAGUCAGGGGUCCGUAGCUUUGGGUUUCCUUUGCCAUACCACAAACAUGGUGUAUACUGCUAUAAAUCUAGGUAAAGGCUCUUUAAGACUUAGUGCCUGUUGAAUGUGAAAUAAGAGGUAUAAGAGCCUUCUGUCCAAUUGUAUGUUUGGACUUUUCGAAGAACUUGGAUGAAAAGAGAUGGAAGGACAAAUUUUGUUGACCGUUAAACCUGACAUAUUUUCCAGAUCUAAUUGGUAUUCUCCCUCAGAUUGAUUUGAAUAGCUUUGGUCAAAAGGAGAAAAACUAAUUAUGUGAAAGUAUCUAGUUCAUAAUUUCAGUGACCAAUUAUAACAAGGGAAUAUAGACACUGUGUUUUUCCAAUUAACUUCCAUCUGAUUAAACUAAUUCUAGUCAAUCAUCCGCUGAUGAUGAGGCAACUUUUUUUUUUGACACACUUUGACUAAUACAUUUUUAAUUUCACAUUAUUCAUAAGGGAACAAUAUUUACCUUACUAACUUCACAAAAAAAAUGUCAAGAUCCACUAAACUAAAACAAAAAACUAAUUGUUCCCUGAAAAUGAUUUGUAUUUAAAGACAAAGCUGCUCAGAUUGAUCCAACAUAAUUUUCUUUUCAUUAAUCACAGGAAGGGUUACAUAUUUCCAGUUAUGUUAGGCUAAAAAUUUCUGGCAAGUUCUUUUGAGUUGCUUAUUAUUUUAGUGGCGCUUCGGGACCCUGAAGCACUUUCUGAACUAAAAAAUGAUACUGUGAUUAUUGCCUUGUAGAUAUUUAUACGAUCAAUUAUUUUAUCAUACCUUCCUUUUCUGAAGUAAAUUUUUUAGAUUCAUAGUCAUUUCUAAGAAAUAGGAAAGAUGUAACUUUUUGUGACUUUUUUAUAUUAUGUUCUAUAUGAAUACAAAAUGGUGGUGGUUUAAUUCAAUACAAGAACAUAAACAUGCCAUUUUAGUGACAAACAUUAGCAAUUGUACAUUUACAGGCAUAUUGAAAUGACUGCAUAAUGCAUAUUUCUCUCAACAGUGUAUUUUUCUAUCAUUAAUUAUUGCAAUGAAGCUAGAUACUGAUGAACCCAAUGACCCAACCUUCUCAGCCUGCACUGAUCAAGGAUCAGUUCUACAUCCUAAUGAGUCCUGUUAGAUUACCAUGGUGAACUCAACUGUAGAUAAUCACACUUGCUUGAAAAAUGAGUUACUGCCUUACAUAUUUCCACGUAAACUCUGAAACUGAACCUGUCCUACCACUAGGGGUCUCAGUGUGUGAGUUUACCCAGUGGACGUGGAGGAGCUCUAGGUAAGAGAGGAGAAAGGGCCUUGUGCAUAAGAGGAGCCCUAAAAGAGCCCAUUCAGUCAAAGGCCACCCUACACUCCACCCCACUGUGCACACUGCAAUGCUUGUAGUUUUACAACUCAUGUAACUCCAAGGGGCCUUACUGUUCUACUCCAAGCUUAGCUGCAUUUUUAGACUGGGCUGGGCAAGUUGAAAACACUUUCCAUCACCUGUGAAUUGUGAAUAACGUUUCAGAGUAAAAGUCCUAAAACCAGACGUGUGACUUUCUUUGCCCGUGACUGCAUGUCUGUUCCCCAACACCCCCCUCCACCCCCACCCCAGGAAUACACAAUGAAUUAAAUUCUUUCUUUAACUGUGAUCUGUGGAAUGUUUUAUUUGGCAUUUCUCAU